AUGCCUUUAAAUAUGCAAAAAUCGAUCACGUCUGGAACUUUAUUGUGGUCUGUUGGCCAGAAGGGCGAUACUUGCUGUUGGAUUUGUGACAACUGCGAACCAUACGAAUAUGUUUACGACGAUUUUACUUGUAAAGAUUGUGGUCCUGGAUAUUGGCCAUACGCGGAUAAGCUCUCCUGCUUUGCUUUGAAUAUUCAGUACAUCAGAUGGAAAUCGUUAUUUGCACUUAUUCCUAUGAUUAUUGCUGUCCUAGGCAUAUUAAUGACUUUUAUGGUUAUUAUGCUGUUUGCCAGGAACCAUGACACACCACUAGUACGCGCAUCCGGUCGAGAAUUAAGUUAUACAUUAUUAUUUGGAAUAUUAGUCUGCUACUGCAAUACUUUUGCUCUUAUAGCCAAACCAACAAUAAUUUCAUGUAUUGUACAAAGAUUCGGCAUUGGAGUUGGAUUUUCAAUUAUUUAUAGUGCGCUUCUCACCAAAACCAAUCGAAUAUCAAGGAUAUUUCAUUCGGCAUCUAAAUCAGCGCAAAGGCUUAAAUAUAUUAGCCCUCAAUCUCAAGUGAUUAUUACUGGAUCAUUAAUAGGUUAG